CCGCCUUGGCACGGAUUGGCUGAGCCUUCCUCCUCCUCUGUCUCAUCUUCCUGGGGCACUGGCACUGCCCGGCUGCAGCUCCUCCACACUGACCACAGAGGGACCCGAGGAUGCCCACGCAUCAGCACUUGGUCGAUAAGAUGAGGAGGCACUCCUGCUUUGUUUUUUUGUUCUGUGGGAUAUUUUUGCCUGGAAUCCUUGGUUUUCCACAGACAAAUACCUCAAUUGAUUGUGAUUCUCUGUUGCCAAACUAUGAAGCUGAACCACAGACAUCUGCACCACCAUAUAUUAUUGUUGUAUCUUUUGAUAACUUUGAGCCAGGAAAUGAAGUCCAAGUAACCCUAGAAGCACUUGGAGAUGCUGGGUUUAAAGGAUUUAAUCUACAAGCUCGAGAAAUAGAUGGAGAUGUUCCUGUUGGUACUUUUAAAAUUACAGAUCCAAACACUAAAGGCUUGGAAUGUCAUAACAUGACGAAUUCAGCAGUAAGUCAUGCCAAUUCAGAUGUGAAAAAGAAGGUUACAACAACAUGGAUUGCUCCACAGGAUGUUGGAGAGCUUCAGUUUAUUGCAACUGUUGUUCAAAAUCUAGAGAACUUUUGGGUUGGAAUUCAAAGUAAAACUCUUACACCGACACAUUCUGGGUCAGUUAAUGCGACAGGAAAAAGUAAAAGGAAGCUUAUGAUAGAAUUAGAAUGCAACAAGCGUGGAGGGACUUACUCAACUGGCCAAUGCAUCAUGGUUGGACCUUCUUCCAGCUCCUCUCAGAGCAGCUAUUCAGGCAGUCAGGGUGGAGUAGUCUACACAAUAAGCAAGAGUGGAUGUGGCCCUGGAGGUGCUGCUGGUACAUAUGGCCAACAUGCCUGCAGAGAUUCUGCAUCCUUAUCCAGCAGUGGUCUUACCUAUGGCCAGUCUGUCCCUUCCAGCAGUUCAGAUUCCAGUAAGAAGGUAGUGGUCGUUGCCAACAGCAACCCUUUUCCACCUGUGCGUCAUACCUUCCCUCAGAGUUUGGGAAGCUCUGCCACAAGGAUCAUAGUACAGAGUGGACAAAAACAGCAAAGCAGCAGCAGUACUUAUAUUCAGGGUUCCCAAGGCAGCCAGUCCUAUGGCCAGAUCUACAGACCUCAAGGUGGCAGUUCCUAUAGCCAGGGUGGACCAAGUUUCUCAGGCAGCAGCAGCUCCUAUGGCCAGGGUUCCCAAGGCAGCCAGUCCUAUGGCCAGGGCUCCCAGCCUCAGGGUGGCAGCUCCUAUGGACAGGGGUACCAGCCUCAAGGUGGCAGUUCCUACGGCCAGGGUUCCCAAGGCAGCCAGUCCUAUGGCCAGGGCUCCCAGCCUCAGGGUGGCAGCUCCUAUGGACAGCAGGGUGGAUCUGCUUCUUAUUUUGGCAGCAGUGGCUGUGGACAAGGUACCUCCUAUGAUAGCAAUCCCUGCCACCAGGGUGGAUCACAGGGUGGUCAGGGUGACUCAUACUCCUCACAAAACUAUGGUGGUAGCCAACAGGGUGGAUCAUCAUCCUUCCAAAAUUAUGGUGACAACCAGGAUGGAUCUUACUCACAAAACUAUGGUGGUGGCCAAGGAGGAUCAUCCUCAGACACCUAUUAUGAUAAUCAGGAGUCACAAGAUUCCUCAUAUGAUAAUAAUCCCAACGCUUGUGAUGAUAAUGAUACUACCUACAAAGCCAAUGGUCAGCGCUCUGGUUGUGCAAAGAAGAAAGUUGUUGUUGCCCGAGACACAUCACAUGUUUUAAGCAGAAGAGCCGAUGAUGUACAGAAUGCAUCUUCUCCUUCAAAUAGCAGCCACUCUGAGAUGCAGGGUGGAUCAUUUGUUGCAACCAGUGGAUCAAGUAAUCAGGGUGGUUGCGUUUGUCCUGAUGGAAGCAGUGGCCAUAGACAGGGAGCCCCAGGUUCUUCACACAGCUCAUAUUCUGGUAACCAGGGAGGGCCUUUCUUCUAUCCUGGAGGAUCCUAUGGACAGGGUGGCCCAGGUUCUUCCCACAGUUCUUACUCUGGUAACCAGGGAGGGCCUUUCUAUUAUCCUGGUGGAACUUAUGGACAGGGAGCCCCAGGUUCUUCACACAGCACAUAUUCUGGUAACCAGGGAGGGCCUUUCUUCUAUCCUGGAGGAUCCUAUGGACAGGGCGGCCCAGGUUCUUCCCACAGUUCUUACUCUGGUAACCAGGGAGGGCCUUUCUAUUAUCCUGGUGGAACUUAUGGACAGGGAGGGUCUUCUGCUUAUGAUGGCAGCAGUGAAUCCUACGGUCAGGGUGGAUCUUCCGCAUAUGGUGGCUCUGAGGCUUAUGGCCAGGAUUCACCUGCCAUGGGAGCCAGUGAAACUGAAUACAGUGAUUCCUCCUCUCCGUCUGGGAGCCGCCAGAGUGAGCGGGAUUUUUAUUCCCCAGGAGGCAGCCAGUCAGGUGGACAUGGGUCAUCUUCUCAAAGUGGUAGCUACUCCAGUGGGCAGGACUCAUCCUUAUCUGGAGGCAGUCAGUAUGGGCAGGGUUCACCUUCCUCAGGAGGCAGCCAGUCUGGUGGACAGGCUGGAUGUGAUUGUUCUGGGGGAAGUUCUGGCGGAUCCCCUUCUUUAGUCAGAAGUGAUUCCUCUGCAAAUGACUCAUCUUCUUCUGGAGGCAGCCAGUACAACAGCCAAGAUUCAUAUUCCUCUGGAGCUAGCCAGUAUGGAGGACAUGAGUCAUCUUCUUAUGGAGGCAGCCAGUAUGGUGGACAAGGUUCACCUUCCUCAGGAGGCAGCCAAUAUGGUGGACAGGGUUCACAUUCUUCAGGAGGCAGCCAGUAUGGAGGACAGGUGAGAAUCUCUUCUGGUGUAGCUGUUAUUCUAACACACAGUUUCUACAUCAAAACUUGGUGCUUUUAUAUUGACUGAAAAAAAUUUUAUGAAAACUCUGUUUAUCUGAUAACAGGUAUCUAAAGAUAUAUGGUCUGAAGCAUAUAUCAGAGUUCUGCUGUUUCUGUUGUAUUAAAUGCAGUUCUGUCUUUUUUCUACCCCCAACCUGCCCUAUUGCUUUCAAAGUUUCUUAGCUCUAACAGUAAUGAGUGGCUGGAAGCAG